CGUAUUACAAGUACAAUUGCUUUACGAUUACAAAUAAUGCAGCGUUCAGCAAAUUGUUUCGCAGCAUCGGCAAUUCAUCGACAAAAUUUUGGUUCCAAUCAUGAUUUAUGGAAAAUAAUAAACGAGAUAAAAAUUUUUGAUGAAAUUCCCUUAAAAAUUUAUGCAUCAAAUCGUUCGAAAUUGAAUGUGGCUUUUGCAGAUGUUCCGGGUCCCAUUGUUCAUGGAAUUAUUUCUCUUGUGACAGAAACAAAUACAAACGAUGGAUUACCUCAUACACUUGAACAUCUUGUUUUUACUGGUUGUCACCAUCAUCCUUACAGUUUUGAUUUACUAGCCAAUCGUUGUUUGGCUGCUGGAUCCAAUGCAUGGACUGAUCAAGAUCAUACGGCUUAUACUUUAUCCACGGUGGGAAAUAAAGGAUUCCUGAAAGCUUUUCCUACAUAUAUGCGUUAUAUUUUAUCGCCAACGUUAACGGAUUCUCAAUUUCUCACUGAAGUACAUCAUAUAAAUGGUGACGGUCAUAAUGGUGGAGUAGUUUAUUGUGAAAUGCAAGACGUAGAAUCGGAUUUUACGUCUAUAAUUGAUCGAAAACGUCGAGAACUGAUGUAUCCGGAAGGUGAUUCGACUAUUUCACAUUCUUUUCUUCUGAAUAGAUGCCCAUAUCGAGUGGAAACUGGGGGUCGUUUGGAAAAUCUUCGUUUUUGCACAAUUGAAAAGGUGCGACAGUUUCAUAAACAUUUCUACCAUCUAAACAAUUUAUUAAUCAUUAUUUGCGGUAUUGUUGAUAGUUCUGCAAUUCUGAAAGCUUUAUCAAAUGUUGAAAGUGAAAUGAUGCAACAUAUUCCCAAUACAUUUUCUAAACCCUUUCAAAACAAAUAUCCGCCAAUUGAUGGAAAUCGUGAAGCAGUUAUCAAAUAUCCUUCAGAUGAUGAAGAUAAUGGAACAGUUCAAAUAUCAUGGUUUAUUGCAGAUGAAAUCGAUUUGUAUAGAGCAUCUGCACUGGAUAAUUUAAUCGAAUAUUUGGGCAGUACUGUCGCUUCUCCAUUGGAGAGGGAUUUUAUCCAACUUACUGAUUCGUUUGCUGGCACUGUAGAUUUCAGUUUUGUAGAAAGACCUCAGUCGGAGCUAUUACUUCAGUUCGGUAAUGUGCCCAUUGCAAAAUUACCUCUCAUUAAAGAUAGGUUAUUUUCGAAAACAAUCGUUGAACAUUGUGAUGGCAAUAAUUUUAAUAUGGAGCGAAUGAAAGUUAUUAUCAAUGACAAUAUUCGUGAUUGUAUUUCGCAGCUGGAAAGUAGCAUCGUUGACACAGUAUCUCAUUCAUUAAUUUUUCAUCAGUUAUAUGGCAAUACUGGCGAAGAACUUGAUGCUCGAUUGAAUUCCCCUGUCGUUUUAAAGAAACUUUUAAAUGAACCACCAAAUUUCUGGGCAAAUCUAGUAAAACGAUAUCUUAAUACUUCUUGUGAAACAAAACGAAUUGAGAAACAACGCGAAGAUCUUGGAGAAAGUGGUUUGCUAGAAUGUGAUAAAAAAUUACAGCAAGCAGUUUAUGUAAAUUCGGUAAUUUGUUAUUUUCUUUCUUAUCUAAUCGUUAUAUCUAUUAAUUUUCUUAAUUUUUUUGAUAUUCUUGUAAAUGAGCCAACAUGUACGGAGCUUACUCAUUUCACCGUUAAUGAUUUGGACAAUUUCGAACUUUUCCGAAUAAAUACAUUCCGUGAUCAUUCGUUUUUUGGAAAUACGCCUUUUAUGUAUUAUUUGCACGAGUGUUCUUCAAAAUUUAUCCGUCUAUAUUUAAUUUGGGAUACUAUAGAUAUUUCGUUUGAAACACGUGUCUGGCUUGAGGUUUUCACUCGGCUUGUUUUUACAAGUUCGGCUAUGGUGGAUGAUAAGAUAAUUCCCUAUGAUGAACUUACCAAUUGGCGCCAGAAAGACCUUAGCAAUUACGGAUUUGAUUAUGGGAUUUCUAAAAAUUCGCUUAUUAUAAACAGCAGUAAUUUUCAGGCAUUAGAAGAAGAUCACAUUAAUCUGCAAAAGUGGGUUCAAAUAAUCUUCAAGGAAUUAUUUUUUGAUGAUGAACGAAUCAAAAUAUUGUUAAAAACUCUGAUUGCAGAAAAUGAUUCAUUAAAAUUCGAGGGCGAUGUCGUUUGCCACUCUCUUAUCGAUAAUAUAUUUUAUAAAAAAGAUAGCAAUCAUCGAUUAACUUCGCCGUUGAUUCUCAACAACUUUUAUAAAGAAGUACUCAAUCAUUUCUCGGAAGAUAAUUCACUGAUAAUUGAAAAACUCAAAAAAGCUCGUAGUUGCUUGCUGAAUGCACCAUUAAAUAUACAUAUAGACUGUAGUGAAAAUUUUCUCGACGAGGCUGAAAAGUUGAAAGAUUUACAACAAAUACAUAAUAUUUCGGUCAACCGUGAUGGCAAGAUUUCAUUUCAAGAUACACCUGCUAUUUUUCAAAAUACGAAUAGUCUUUCCAAACAAAAAUUGUUGGCUAUGGGAUGUAUUGAUUCGUCAUUCAUGUAUCAGGUGAUUGGAUUUAAUCAUAAUUGGCGAAUGGACGAAUAUAUGUCCGUUUUGUUGUUCGCUGGAUAUUUAUCACAAGAUGAAGGUAUUCUGUGGCGUGAAAUUCGCAGUAAAGGUCUUGCAUAUAAUGCGAGAAUUACUUUAAAUCUGGACAGUCAAAUUCGCUUUCUGUUGUAUCGAAGCUCGCAGAUUGUCACGGCUUAUGAAGCUGCGAAAAAUGCAACAUUAUUGGCGUUAGAAAAUGAUAUUUGUGAAGAAAAAUUUGAAUCCGCCAAAAGAAGCUUGAUAUGUCAAAUAAUAGAGAAAGAAGAUACAUUAUUCAAGGCGACAAGGCAGCGAAUUUAUAAUUUACUGCACGGUAGAAAUGACUCUUUUGUUCGCGAACUUUGUAAUCAUAUUUGGUACGCGAAGUCGGAUGAAGUAAAACAUCGAGCUGUUCCCUAUUUCCACGCUUUAUUUAAUGAAAAACAAUGUUCAAGAGCAAUCGUUGUGCCGAUUUCGAAAUUGAAUGAAGUUAAGGAACAUUUUAUUGGUGCUGAAGUUAUCACUAUGGAUGAUCUUUUUCAAAAAUAUACAUUUAAUGAUGGCUUUGUUUUUUAG